AUGAGCACGGGUGCUGCCUAUUGUCAACUAACGCAUUUACUGUUCCGAGAUGCCAUCAAUCUUCGGAAAUGGUUCUUCAAAUUUUUCAACGCCAACUAUGUAGACGACGGCGAGGAAUAUGACGCAUUAGCUGCUCGAGGAGGCGAAGUCAAGGAUAAUGGAGGGCAUGGAGCAGAUUGA